AUGCAUGAGAUAUUUAGAGCCUUAUCCGCUGGAUUCAAAUCUCCUUUAUUGGUGACGGUACCACAUCCGAAUUAUCCCCAUGCAGAACUUGUAUCCGCACUGGGCGCUCUUCUUCCGCUGUACACACCCUUGAACGUUCGUGAAGAAGAGGAGCCAAACAAGUUUGAAAGGCUUGGUUUGCUGCCGAUCGGUUCUGAAAACCUAGUGAAACUAGUGGAGGCAUUUGAAGCAUCAUUUACCGUAUGUCGAGAUGUUGGAGAAACUGGACCGGAGCGAAUGUCACCGCCUAAGGUGGCAGAUUAUAUAAAGUCAGUUUUCGAUAGCGGCGAUAUCACUGUGGAAAUAACAGAUAAUCAAGAUGUGAUAAAGAAAGAGUAUCCCAUGAUGGCGGCUGUCAAUCGCGCUGCGAAUACAGUAAAAGACCAUCAGGUAAGAAAAUUUCUUAGGGCGACUGAGGUGGUCGGUUAUAUGUGUAUGGUUCGAAACAGCAUCGGUUCUCAUGGCUAUACGACCGAUGAAGUGCUCACAGCAAGGAGUGGAAAGCGAAUUCACAUCUACAAUACAGACGCAGAAGGGCGGAUCACAAUGCUCGAUCCGUUGACUAAAGCUAAGGAGGAGGAUUUCGAUUUUCAUAAGGCGGAGUGCGAGCAAGCACACAUACGUCAAACUGGUCUGAAGCCGUCUGCUCAAACUCUGCGAGGUCAUCAAUGUCCGGGGGCAUUUAUGAUCAUGGCAUCUCGACUGGAUGAACAUGGGUGCGACAGCGACCAUCCUUUGAAAUUUACGCAUAUUGAUAUGGGCAGUGCAGCUGGCGAACAUCCCGAAACAAGUUUUCCAAAUCCGCUCGUCACCUUAGUUGCCGAUUUGAUUCUGCCGAAACAUCAAUGA